AUGUAUAAAAUGGAGUAUUCUUACCUAAAUUCCUCUGCCUACGAGUCAUGUAUGGCCGGGAUGGACACAUCGAGCUUGGCAUCAGCCUAUGCGGACUUCAGCUCGUGCAGUCAAGCCAGUGGGUUUCAGUACAAUCCGAUCAGGACCACGUUUGGGGCUACCUCCGGCUGCCCGUCUCUUACGCCGGGUUCUUGCAGUCUGGGGACACUGCGGGACCACCAAAGCAGCCCAUACGCCGCAGUUCCUUACAAACUCUUUACGGAUCAUGGCGGACUGAACGAGAAAAGAAAGCAGAGGCGCAUUCGGACCACUUUUACCAGCGCACAGCUCAAGGAGCUCGAGAGGGUUUUUGCUGAGACCCACUACCCAGAUAUCUACACACGUGAAGAGCUGGCGCUCAAAAUCGAUUUGACUGAAGCCAGAGUGCAGGUGUGGUUCCAAAACCGACGCGCCAAAUUCCGUAAGCAAGAGCGCGCGGCCUCUGCUGCUGCUGCCGCUGCCAAGAACGGCUCCGGGAAGAAGUCGGACUCUAGGGAAGAAGACAGUAAAGAGGCCAAAUCUACCGACCCUGACAGCACGGGAGGACCGGGGCCCAACUCUGUCCCAACCUCUAACUGCGGCGGGCCCAGUCCAACCGGUGGCCAGGUCAACGUUUCCAGCGGAAACGGACAAGUGGACCAAGUGAAGACGUCGGUGGCUCCCGGCAUGUGUGGAAACACACCGAGUCAAGGCUGGGCUUCCGCCACGGGUACCAUCACCUCCAUCCCGGACUCAUUGGGUGGACCGUUCGCCAGCGUACUGUCCUCUUUGCAAAGACAGAACGGAGCCAAAGCUACAUUAGUAAAGACCAGCAUGUUCUAA